AACUGCUUUUUCUGCCUGAAUGUAUAGAGGAAAUAAAAGAAACUGAUGAGAAGUGAGAAUGAAACCUACAUGUUAUCUGCUUUUCUGUUGCCAAGUCAAAUAAAUUUCUCUUCUUUCACUCACAAUUUACUUUCUUCUUACAUUUCAUUCCCUUCCUUCCUCUACAAACCUCACAUUCCCACUCUUCCCUCUCUCUCUCUUGUCUUUUCCUCUUUCUCUUUGCUUCUUUUGUCUCUGUGUUUUGGGGUCUUUUGGACCCCUUUGUCUUUCAACAUCAAACCCUUUUUGCAUACCCAUUGUUGGUUCUUUUCUUCGUCGAGAUCAAGCUGCCCCAAGAAUGACCUUGAAAUGUUGACGGACUUAUUGUUUGGUGCUUUCUAUCUUUAUGGGGUUUCUCGGCUGGUGGUGGUUUUGGGUUUGAGAAACAUUUUGUUAUGGUAGAGUUUAUUGCAGCUUUCUUGUUGGUGAUAUAAAGAUGAAAAGGCCAAAAAACGAACCUCCUGUUGGAAGGAGGUUCAGAUUGUCUCAUUUUCUGUUGGGUAUUGGGAUAUUAUACUUGAUUUUUAUAUCUUGUAAGUUUCCUCAGUUUUUGGAGAUUGCAUCGCUUUUGAGUGGCGAUGAUAGUUAUAUUGAAUCGGAUGGGGAAAAGGUAGGGGACUCUGAAGAUUCUGAUUUGAGCAAAACGUUUUUCAAUUCUGUUUAUAAGGAUACAUUUCACCGGAAAUUGGAAGAUAACCAAAACCAAGAUGCGCCAAUAAGACCUAAUAAGGAACCACUGGAAGAGGGAAAAAAUGGGUCCCUAUCUAUAAAACCGCUUCAGUAUAAAUAUGGUCGAAUAACUGGUGAGAUUCUGAGGAGAAGGAAUAGAACAAAUGAUCUAACAGUGCUUGAGAGAAUGGCAGACGAGGCAUGGACAUUGGGUUUAAAGGCUUGGGAAGACUUGGAUAAACUUGACGAGAAGGAGACAGGAGAGGGGUCUAUAUUGGAGGGAAAACCUGAAUCAUGCCCGUCAUGGGUAUCAAUGACUGGGGAAGAGUUGGCAAUGGGAGAUAAAGUAAUGUUCCUUCCUUGUGGGCUUGCUGCGGGUUCUUCAAUUACGGUGGUAGGAACACCCCAUUAUGCUCAUCAGGAGUAUGUCCCCCAGCUUGCAAAGUUCAGGCGUGGUGAUGCAAUGGUUAUGGUUUCACAGUUCAUGGUCGAAUUGCAAGGAUUGAAGUCGGUGGAUGGAGAAGCCCCGCCUAAGAUUCUACACUUGAAUCCAAGAUUAAAAGGAGAUUGGAGCAGGCGGCCAGUCAUUGAGCACAAUACCUGUUAUAGGAUGCAAUGGGGAACAGCUCAAAGGUGUGAUGGUUUAGCAUCAAAAAAUGAUGAAGACAUGCUAGUUGAUGGAUUUGUGAGAUGUGAAAAGUGGAUGCGGAAUGAUAUAGUAGACUCAAAGGAGUCCAAGACAACUUCAUGGUUUAAGCGAUUCAUAGGGCGUGAGCAAAAGCCAGAAGUGACCUGGCCAUUUCCAUUUGUGGAGGGUAGACUGUUUAUCCUGACCAUACGUGCUGGUGUAGAUGGAUACCACAUUAGUGCUGGGGGUCGGCAUGUGACUUCAUUCCCAUAUCGGACGGGAUUUACACUUGAAGAUGCUACAGGAUUGGCAGUUAAAGGAGACAUUGAUAUUCAUUCAGUUUAUGCUACCUCUCUUCCUGCUUCUCAUCCAAGCUUCUCACCUCAAAAAGUAUUGGAGAUGUCACAAAAGUGGAAAGCUCAUCCAUUACCUAACAGUCCUAUUCAACUCUUUAUUGGAGUUCUAUCAGCUACUAAUCACUUUGCAGAGCGGAUGGCCGUGAGAAAAACAUGGAUGCAAUCAUCAGCAAUCAAGUCUUCAAGUGUAGUAGUUCGUUUCUUUGUUGCAUUGAAUCCAAGGAAGGAGGUGAAUGCUGUGCUGAAGAAAGAGGCUGCCUACUUUGGUGAUAUUGUGAUUUUGCCUUUUAUGGAUCGCUAUGAGCUUGUUGUUCUUAAAACCAUUGCUAUUUGUGAGUUUGGGAUUCAGAAUGUGACAGCUGCAUAUAUCAUGAAGUGUGAUGAUGACACAUUUGUUAGGGUAGACACUGUUUUGAAAGAAAUCGAGGGCACCUCUCCAAAAAAGUCUCUUUAUAUGGGUAAUCUCAACCUCUUACAUCGUCCACUCAGAAGUGGGAAAUGGGCAGUAACCUAUGAGGAGUGGCCAGAAGCAGUUUAUCCUCCAUAUGCGAAUGGACCUGGAUAUAUAAUUUCCAGUGAUAUUGCUAAAUUUAUUGUUUCUCAACAUGGAAACAGAAGCCUAAGGCUUUUCAAGAUGGAGGAUGUGAGCAUGGGAAUGUGGGUUGAGCAAUUCAACAGUUCCAUGGCUACCGUCCAAUAUUCCCAUAAUUGGAAGUUCUGUCAGUAUGGUUGUUUGGUGGACUACUUCACUGCACAUUACCAAUCCCCAAGGCAAAUGAUCUGUCUUUGGGACAAGUUGGGAAGAGGUCGAGCUCAUUGCUGUAACUUCAGAUGACAGAGCAUUACCGAAUGACCUUUACCGGUGAUAGAAACGAUACUGUAGUUCCAGAUGACAGAGACUGGUUUGUCACUCAAAACUUAUGCAACCCUUGUUCCCCACCUCUUGUAUUCUUCACCAAUCUGCUGAUCUUUGUCAAUUAGUUUGAUUAAAUUGUGAGUCCUAUGAACGAAUUUAUGAUCAAUGACAAAUUUGUCAAAAUGAGUUGUCAAAAGCCAAGUGAAACGAAGUUUGAUAUAGGCUAGACAAGAUUCAUAUUCAAUUUUGGUUAUGGUUCUUCUA